AUGAGCGAGGUAAUGCAGGGAAUGACGGGUGGAAACAGCCCUGCAAUGCAAAAGACUCCAAGGAAAGAGAAGAAACAACGAAUUCAACAUGUUGGAUCGUAUGAAGUAGGCAAAACACUUGGCAAUGGUAGCUUUGGUAAGGUCAAGCUUGGAACUCAUAUAUUCACAAAGGAAAAGGUGGCCAUCAAGUUCAUCAAAGAGAACAAACUCUCGGUAAAGCAGCGCGAGACAUGCAUGCGAGAGAUUGAGAUCAUGCGAUUGCUAGACCAUCCAAAUAUUGUCAAGCUGCUCGAGGUGAUUGAGAAGAAGGACGAUAGUCUGACAUUCUUGGUCGUCGAGUAUGUGUCUGGCGGCGAGCUGUUCGACUACAUCGUGGCCAGAGAGUACAUCAAGGAGAAGGAGGCACGCAAGUUCUUCAGACAGAUCGUGUCGGCCAUCGAAUACUGCCACUCCAAUCUCGUGGUGCACAGAGAUCUCAAGCCAGAGAACCUGCUGCUGGACGCCAAUGGCAACAUCAAGAUCACCGACUUUGGUCUGAGCAAUUCAAUACUGCCGGGCAAGCUGAUGGACAGCUUUUGCGGCUCUCCAUUGUAUGCCGCGCCAGAGAUCCUUAAAGCGGAGAAGUAUCUAGGUCCGCCCGCAGACAUAUGGAGUCUAGGUGUAAUAUUAUACGCUGUGCUCUGUGGCAGUCUUCCAUGGGAAGGUGAGUCACAAGCCGAGAUCAGCUAUCACAGUGUCCAUGGCAAAUAUGUUGAUCCUCCACAUGUAUCCAAAGAGGCCGUUCAUAUCAUCCGAAGAAUGAUAAGAGUUAACCCAAAGGAGAGGGCUACGAUCGAGGAGCUAAAGAAUCACCCUUGGACGAAUAUGGAGUAUAAUGAGCCUCCACAAUCCUAUCUUCCAAUAAGAGAGCCAGUCUAUGAGAUCAAGGAGGAGUUGCUGGCUCAGCUCAUGUCACUUGGCUUUUCCAACACUCAGGAGACAAGAGACCUGAUCUUGGGUAAUGUCCAAUGUCGUCUCACAUGCAUCUACCAUCUGUUACUGGACAAGCAAGUUCAAAAGGAAAUGGAGGACAUCAAGAAGAACAUGUUAAAGAAUCAGAAUAAGGAAGAUAAUGCAUCUAAGAAGUCAUUAAAGACAACAUUGUCAUUGGCAUCAAUCCCUGAGGAUGAAGCUGGACAUCAGAAUCGCGCAUAUAGCUCGGGCACUCCAAGCCCAGGCACACCAAGUCCACGCGUACCUCGUCGCAAGGAGGAUGGCAUGAGUUCACCAUCCAGACGCAGACAGUCAACACCAAAGCACUUCUCACCAAUGGAGAUUGACAGCGAGAACAAGUUCCCCAAGUACACACCAUUGCCCUCAUCACUGUCGGCACCAGCCAAUGCACAGCCAACAUUUGGCAUUCAGGGCAACUUUGACCCAUCCAUGCAGCGACCACACUUGCAACUGCCAUCGGUGCCACCUCCCACAUCAGUGCAGCACCUGCCCACAGGCUAUGGAGCCAGAAGGAGAUACUCUAUUCAGGGUCCAACUCUGCGCGAGGAGAUGGAAGCCGAGAUACUUCACAACACACAGCCGCACAUGCCUGUUGCCAAGCACAUUGACCAGAGACAACAGAUCAUUUACAAUCAGAUGCUGCAGCAACAACAACUGCAACAGGAGCCAGUGGUUCAGGCGCCCAGGACCAACAGAAGGAUGAGUCUCGACUCGAGGAUGCUGAUAGACAGCGAGGACGGACCCAUGGAGAAGAAUGAGAACUUGGCCAGUCCUCGCUCGGCCAAGGGUAUCUUCAAGUCAUCGACGACGACGACCAAGUCGCCCGAGAAGACUGUGGAGGAGGUCAAGCGCUGUCUGGAGGAGACCAACCUGUUCACGAAGAAGAAGGGACCCUACAUCUUCCUCUGCUUUGAUGAUGAGAACUCUGUCAAGUUCCAGAUUGAGAUUGUCAAGAUCAUGCAUUUGAACCUGACAGGUGUACAACUCAAGCGUAUCAGUGGAGAUACAUGGAAGUACAAAGAAGUUUGUACUCAUCUCGUGGAAUCAAUCCAUAUUUAA